CUAAUCAGCGCGCGAAAGCUCCGCGCUGGGUGGUGAAAGGGGGGGCUCGGAGGCACCUGCGGCCGCCCGCCAGUCGCCUGCCGACCGCCGCCAGCGCACGAGCCAUGCGCCGCGACCGAGCGCUCUGCCUCAGCCCCGCGAGUGUCAACCCACUGUGAUCCCGCUACCCGCCAUGGAUGUGAAGUUUGCCUCCUGUGUGCUGCUGCUUUACCUCGCAGUGGCUGCCAGCGAGACAUGUCAUUUCCCGGGCGCGCCCGCGCACUCCCGCGUCUCCUUCUCUGAUGAAGCCCUGACCGAGGGCACGGAGGCCAGCUACUCCUGCGAGCGAGGGUUCGAGCUGCUGGGACCAGCCCGCCGCGUGUGCGGGCCUAAUGGACACUGGGUUCCCGAUGGAAUACCCUUUUGUGUGCUAAACGUGGCAGCGGGCAAGGCCCCGAUGCAAGCCUCCACCGAGGCGGGGGGCGUCCCACAGCGGGCGCUGGACGGGUCCACCUCGGCUGUCUUCAGCGCCGACACCUGCACCCUGACCGCGCCAGAGAGGGUGCCCUGGUGGUACGUCAACCUGCUCGAGCCUUAUAUGGUGCAGCUGGUGAGGCUGGACUUCGGGAAGCCUUGUUGUGGAGCGAACAAGCCGGCGGUGAUCGUGGUGCGCGUGGGGAACAACCGCCCGGACCUGGGCACCAACCCGGUCUGCAACCGCUUCACCGGCUUCAUCGAGGAGGGGCAGCCGCUGUUCCUGCCGUGCAACCCGCCCAUGCCCGGCGCCUUCGUCAGCGUGCACCUAGAAGCUUCGACUCCGAGCCAACUCUCCAUCUGCGAAGCCUUCGUGUACACCGACCAGGCUCUUCCUAUCGAGCGCUGUCCCCAGUUCCGUGACCAGCCCCCCGGCAGCACGGCUACAUACAACGGGAAGUGCUACAUCUUCUAUGACCGGCAGCCGGCCGACUUCAGAGAUUCACUCGCCUUCUGCCGCUCGCGAGGGGGAACCUUGGUGGACGAGAGCAACCCCGCGCUGCAGGGAUUCAUCUCCUGGGAGCUGUGGAGGCGACACAGAAGCGACAGCAGCAGUCAGUACUGGAUGGGCGCAGUCCGCGACACGCAAGACUCCAACAACUGGAAGUGGGUGAACGGCAACGACAUCACGGUGUCCUUCUGGAGCGCCCCCGGCGGCGGCGAGGGCUGCGCCCGGUUCGACGGCAGCAAGGGCUGGCUGUGGGCCGAUACCGACUGCAACGCCAGGCUCAACUACAUCUGUCAGCACCAGCCCAAGGCGUGCGGUCGUCCGGAGCAGCCGCCCAACUCGACCAUGACUUCAGAGUCGUUCGAGGUGGGCACCAGCGUGGAGUACUCUUGCGACGAAGGUCACCUGCUGGUCGGGCCCACCGUGCGGACCUGCCUCGACACAGGGUUCUAUGAUGAGUUCCCGCCGGUUUGCAAACGCAUAGAAUGCGGGUACCCGGCGGAGGUGCCGCACGGCUCGUACGUGCUCCUGAACGGGUCGGUGAGCUACCUGUCCCACGUGCAGUACUCGUGUGAACCCGGGUACGAGAUGGCGGGCCGCGCGAGGCUAGUCUGCGAUAUAGAUGAGCGAUGGAACGGACCCCCGCCGCGCUGCGAGAUAAUCCAAUGCGAGCCGCCGGGCGAGGUCUCCAACGGGCGGGUGACGCUCAGCCACAACACCAGUGUGUUCGGCUCAGUGGUCGAGGUGUCCUGCGCCCGUGGCUACCGGCUGGUGGGGCCUCGGAGGGUGGCCUGCCUCGCUAGCGGACACUGGGACAAGCCCAUUGCGAGAUGCUUGCCGGAAGAGCGCCCAGUGACGUCAACAUCUACCACAACCUCCACUACAACAACAACCCUGGCCCCUCCAACCACCCCGCCGCCCACCACCCCUCGCCUCGUGCUUCCCACCCGCCCUCGCCCGCGCCCCUCAUCACCAACCCCAUUCUCCACCGCCGACUCCAAGCGGAACCGCCCGAAGCCCACGACGGAAAGACCCGAAGUGUCCACGAGAUACGAGCGGCCUCCUGAACGGAAAGUCACUGAUUCGAAGGAGUCGCCCGCCAGCCAUGUCCCGCAUAUUAUUGUGGCGUCGCAUCCGAGAGAGAAUCAGAUCCUGGGCAGCGGCAACAACAUCCGCGCCGAGCAGACGCCUCGAGUGAACGUGCCGCUCUCAGUGGACGGCGAGCGUCGAGAGCCAGCGGGGGCUCGCCUCAGCAUCGGGGCAGUCGUGGCCCUGGGAGCCUUCGGAGCCAUGGUGUUCCUCGCCGCGAUACUCACAACCAUCGUCAUACUGGUCAAAAGAAAACAGCACGACGGCAAACGUUACCGGCACCACGUGUCUCCAGACUGCAACACCGUGGCUUCCCUUGACUCCUCAAGUUCGGAGUCUCGCAGCGGGCUGAACCGCUACUACCGGCAGGCGUGGGAGGAACUCCACGAGGCCACUGGGGCGCGACAGGGGCACCGGCGACACGAGCGAGAGGCGCCGAAAGACGGGUCUGAGCUAGUGGUAUCUGAUGUGUAUCCUGCGCCCCACGCGAGAGACAAGCGCCGCCACCAUCAUCAUCACCACCACCGCGAGCCGCGCCACCCGGACUGGCCGCACCGAACCCACCACAACCACAAACCUAGGUAUUAGGUAGUUUAGAAGUUUGUUGCAAGAUGGCGUUACGCCAUUUUGGUUUUUAGUUUAGUGUUUAAGUUUUAGUUGGUUUUUGAUUCAUUGAUGUUUGUUGCGAAUUUACCGGGUAGACGACG